AUGAAGAUAGAUGUCGAUGAGCUCACCAUUGCACAAGUGCACGAUGCGUUUCGAGAUGGAUCUCUUACAGCCGUGUCAUUGUGUGCUGCUUACCUGGAGCGUGUCGAAAGAUUGGACAAGGCUGGGCCAAGAAUUAACUCGACGAUGAGUCUAUCUGAGACAGCUCUACAAGAAGCAGAAGCCUUGGACAUGGUAUGGCAGACUGCAAGAAAGUUCAAGGGCAUUCUUCACGGAAUCCCCAUCCUAGUAAAAGAUCAUAUUUUACAGGCAGAUACCAAAGGUAUGGUAACGACCUAUGGCUCAGCAGUGGCCAAGAACAACAUACCCCCACAAGAUGCAUUCGUGGUGACCAAGCUUAAAGAGGCCGGCGCAGUCGUCCUUGGCAAAACCACCUGUGCGGAGUGGGCGGCGACAUGGUUCAGCGCGAAUGGUGCCACGGACUAUGAGUUCACGAAGAACCCGUACAGCUUGGAACAUGAUGUCGGUGCUUCGUCUGGUGGCUCCGGCGCGGCAGUAGCAGCUAAUCUUGCCAUGCUUGCGGUGGGAGAAGACACAGGCGGAUCCAUUCGAGUCCCGUCGUCGUUCUGCAAUCUCGUCGGCAUACGUGUCACCCCUGGUCUGAUUUCUCGCAGUGGCUUUUGCCCUCUUGUCAAAAUACAGGACACCCCUGGCCCGCUCGCGAGGACGGCAAGAGACUGUGCCAUCAUGCUUGAUGCAAUGGUGGGCUAUGAUCCGCUUGACGAGUACACCUACGUCGCAGCCAAUGCAGAGUCUCUAGGUCUACCGAAAGGAGGCAGCUAUGCGGCCCGGUUGGAGCAAGGCCUCGAUAAGCUGAAAGGCGCAAGGCUUGGCGUCAUGAGGCAACUCUUCGGCUCAGACUCAGAUCAGCAUUGCCACGCUGUAAAUCUCGUUGUACGCGACACGCUGAAAGCCUUCGAGGAAGCCGGCACGAAUGUCAUCGACGUGCACAUUGACGACGUCCAGAGGGCCUUCGCUUCCUGUGAGCUCUACACUAUCCGAUCACGCUCGGACAUCAACUCGUUUCUGGCAACCAAACCACAUCUCCCGCAAGAUCUCGCGGAAAUCGUGCCUCAGCAGCCUGCGAAACCAUACCUGGAUCUCGUGUCGGAGAUGGCUCACGGUCCCAAAGAUCCUCUCGAGCAUCCCGCGUAUGCCUCCCGACUUCUUGCACGGGACGAAUUGAAACGCAAGCUUGCGUGUCUUUUCGCAGAACACCAAAUCGAUGCAUUGGUCAUGCCCGAUGUACAGGUGCCUCCACCGCUUCGCAGUGAUGCCUACUCAGGGCGUUUCGACAAGGCCUCUUUUCCAACAAAUACGUUCCUCGCGAGUUUGACGGGUCUGCCAGCUGUUUCGGUUCCAGGCGGCUGGACAGCGGAUGGCUUGCCUGUUGGCUUAGAAUUAGUUGGUCUAGAGUACCAUGAGCAGCAUUUGCUGGAGCUUGCACGAGGCGUGGAGAAAUUGAGAGAUGCAAGGCGAGCACCACGCGGUCUGUAG